AUGCUUCGUUCGGGACUGGUUGGCGUAAAGAGGGUGAUAGAUUACGCUGUUAAGGUGAGAGUGAGGCCUGAUGGCAAAGGGGUGAUCAAGGAAAAUGUUCAACACUCGAUGAACCCCUUCGAUGAAAUUGCUCUUGAGGAGGCGGUUAGGCUGAAGGAGAAAAAGCUCUUACAGCAGGUCAUUGCCCUCUCCAUUGGUACUGCCAAAUCACAGGAAGUUUUGAGGACAGCACUUGCAAAAGGUGCUGAUAAAGCAAUUCUGGUCGAGGUGGAUAAUGAAACUGCUGAACGAAUAGAGCCGUUGCAUGUGGCUAAGAUCAUGCAGCAUGUGGUGUCGAACGAGGCUAUCGAUGUUGUCUUGGUUGGUAAACAAGCAAUCGAUGAUGAUUCUUGUCAAACAGGUCAGUUAUUAUCUGGCUUACUCGACUGGCCUAUUGCUACAUUUGUUUCAAAUAUACAACAGGCUGAUGGAAACAUGUUCAACAUCACCAGGGAGAUUGACGGUGGAUUGGAGAUGCUAACGAUGAAAUGUCCAAUGAUUGUCACUGCUGAUCUACGUCUUAAUGAGCCUCGCUAUGCCACCUUACCCAAUAUCAUGAAGGCGAAGAAGAAGCCGUUGCAGAAACUGAAACUUUCGGAUCUGGGCAUCGAUUUCUCGUAUCAAACACAAAUUCUACAGGUUUCUGAACCACCAAAAAGAAAGGCUGGCACUUUUGUUGAGGACGUGCAAAGUUUGAUCAUGAAACUUAAAGAAAGUGGCUUAGUAAUGAGCAAAUAA